CAGGCAUGCUCUUUGAGUGUGUUGCAGAAAGCGAAGUCGCGAGGGAAACACGCAGAAGAUGGCUUUCUUUCUCGUGCUCAAAUGUGAACGCCAAUUCGUUGUUUUCUUCUUCUGUGGCGUUCUUCUUCCUUCAGAAGGGAGAGAAGGAGUCUCAAGGGCUGAUGGGAAGGAGAGUAGCUAAUCGGAUUCUCGGUUGUGCGGCCGAAAGUUGUUACGAACGGGAGGAGCGGAUUUCUUCUCCCUAGUCUUAUCCGCUCGUCUCCUGUCUCUUUACUCUUAUUCUUCCCCUCCGAUCUUCUUCUCCUUUCUCUUCAGUCCUCUCUUUUUUCUUCAACCUUCUUUUCCGUCCUCUUCAGUUCUACCUUCCCUUCCCUUCAGUUAUCUUCGUUCCUGUGAAAUUCUCCGUAUCCCUUGUCUUGUCUUUCCUUCUUCCUUCUUCUUAAGGCUUCUUCUCUCUCCUGAGUUUUCUCCUUCUUCCUCUUGAGACGUCUCCUGUUUCGAGUGUUCCGCUAUCUCUGGAAACUUUUGCCUCUGCUUUCGCUUGAGUCGACCGCGCUUGCUGCGUAUUUUUCUCUCUUUUUAUGCCGGACAACCGAGUUCUUUAUGAUUGAUUGCUGUACACCGCCCCACCCCACUUGGGAGCGCUCGCUUCUUCUGUUCCCCUGUUCUUUCCUGCUCUGUUUCUCUGGAGCGCCUCAUCCACGCUGUUCCACCUCUCCGUCCUUCCCGUCUGACGUUCUGCCUGCUCUUGGCGCCAACAGAAUGACGUGGGCGGUGCGGAGAGCCGUCGUCUGGGCAGCAGGACGAGGAGGGCGAAGAAGCAGAAAACUGGGUGAAGACGUGGACGCGAAAAGGGAAGAAAGUGUGAAGACGUUCCGAGAGAAGACUCGACAAAAAACCUUUCCAGAGAGAUCAGUCUCCGCCUCCAAUGCACGCUGUAGAUGUCUCACAGCUGACCGCCCGCUCUUGAGUGGUCUCGCGGCGUCACAGGCACCUGUACAGUCAAUUGUGCACUCGCCUGCAGAACAUCAUUCUCGGACUUUGCGAGGUUCUCGAAACUUCUCUGUGGCGUCUUGCUGUCGUCGCCACGGCUGUCCACAGCCAGCUUCCUGCAGUUCUCCUCUAUGGUCCCGAUCAGUCUCUUCUCAUUCUGCUUCUUCGCACUCGAGUCUCCCGCCUUCUUCCUCGCAGUAUCUUCUUCCUUCUCUUGCUGUCCGUCCAGUGUCGCCAGUGUCGUCUACGUCUUCUGUGUCUGUUUCUCCUCUUUUUUCUCGUCCCCUUUCUGCCUGCCGAUCUCCUUUUCCUUCGUCUUCUCUUUCCCCUCUUUCUUCUUCCUUUUCUUCUCCUGCUUCCCACCGGUCUCUCGCGUCGCGGUCGCUCCGAGUGCCUUCGCCGUGGAAGGCUUUUGAAAGUUGCUUGCCGCACCAGGAAGACAAUGCAGUGUCUCCGGACUUCUCUCGUCGGGACGAGAUUCUUUAUUCUCCAGCUUGUCCACGUUGUUUUUCGCUGCGUUCUCAUCUUCGUCUGGAGGACGAUCAAUCGCUUCUUUCUUCCUCUGCACAUUGCCUUCCUGCUCUCUUGCCGGCUUCUGCCAGCCCGUGGCGUCUCUCCAGCACCUUUCAGCUCGCGUCUUUAUCCUCGCCUUCUUCUGCUUCUUCUCUUUGCUGCGCACUGUCUCCGUCUCGCCUCUGUCUUUCGCUGAUCCCGCUUGCGUCGGCUGCCUGUUCGUCUCCAUCGCGGUUUCUAGCGUCGAGAACGUCUGUCGCACCGGCCAGACAACCUCGCGUGACUUCUUCUCACUCCGUUUCCCGUCCGUCGCGCGUGGUCUCUUCUGUCUCGCCGCCCGCCGUCGCUGACAAGGCAGUCUCUCUCGCGAAGUUGUGUGCGGAGAAGAACCUCUGUUCCCGCAGAGAAGCCGAGAACUUUUGCGUUUUGGGCUUGAUUAGCGUCGACGGCCGGCCGGUUGACUCCGGGCAACGCGCAGUGUAUGUACACCCGGACAGCCACGUCGAGCUGCUUCCCCGCGCGCAGCGCAUUAUGGACACCCGCCUGACGGUGCUGCUGAACAAGCCGAUGCACUAUCUUUCUUGUCAAGUCGAUCGGCAGAUGGGAGGCGGCCGCGGAAAGCCUUUGUGUCGUCAGCUGCUCACUCCAGAGCGUCGCUGGGAAGAGACAGGCCAAGGAGAGCGACGAAGAGAAGUUAAAAGCAACUUGUCUCCUGCAAAGUGCAACAAACUGGUCUGUGCGGGCAGGCUCGAUGUCGACAGCACAGGCCUGACUGUCUUUACACAGGACGGUCGUCUCGCUUCCCAGCUCGUCGGUCCUGGAAAGCGCGUCAGCAAAGAAUACCACGUCGAGGUGGACCUGCCGGUCUCUGCUGGAGCACUAACUCUUCUUCGUCAUGGGCUUUCUCUUGAUGGUCUGGAACUUCUCCCAGCCAAAGUGCGACUGCUGUCUCCGCUUCGAGAUGCCUUCUUCUCUCCUCUCCCAACCUCUACGGUGUCUAUUUCUUCGUUUCCUUCUCGUAGCGGGUCGCGGCCAGUCUCCGAGACUCCUGCCCACUUGUGCACUGACUUUCGUCAAGGCGAGUCCAUUUCCUCCCCCUCGCUGACGGUGUCCGUGUCAUCUUCUGUCGCUGCCAAAGAGAAGCCUGGGGAUAGAAGAGCGGAAGACGAGGAGGCGGAUGCAGAAGUUAAAGAAAGCGAAAUGUGGGUCGGCAAAACGACGCGUCUUUCCAUCGAACUACUCGAGGGCAGACACAGACAGAUCCGGCGCAUGUGUGAACUCGUCGGCCUUCGCGUCUUGAAAAUCCACAGAAUUCGAAUUGGAAAGGUUUCUCUUGGCAACCUUCCUCAAGGGCGAUGGAGGCUGCUACUUCCCCACGAAUCAUUCGUUUGAACAUGCACAACUGUAUAUAUACGUGUAAAUGCAUGCAAGUGUAGGCAAGUACGAGUGCUGGUGUGCCAGACUGUCGACUUUUGUGUCUCUUGACUUGUGUAGAGAGGGAGGUGGCUUGGCACUCGUGCGCGCGUGAAUGAGUCUUUUGUGCCUACCUAAAACGCUCAAAUGUUGGGGUACCAUAUGCGUGCACCGACGUGUACGUGCUUCCCGCAGAGGUCCGCCGCAGACCGCAGGCUCCAUACAGAGGUGAAGCAAAGAUUAUAGCUUCUGAAACGUUUAACAGCAUAUAUGGUUAUACACGGUUAUAUUUGGGUAUGCAUGACUUUAUAUGGGUAUGAAUGUUGCGUGAGAUUUCUGCGACCAACUGCGACCGUACCUACGCUUACUCGGUGACAUCCCCAUGAAACCUCCAGAGAGAAAGCAGCAGACAGG